UUUUCCUUUAGUUUAAGGUGGUAUCAGCAUCCUACUGAAGAAGAACUACGUAUUCUUGCAGGGAAACAAAGAGGCAAGAGCAAAAAAGAUAGAAAAUAUAAUGGUCAUAUUGAAAACAAACCCCUAACCAUUCCAAAAGACAUCGAUCUUCAUCUGGAAACAAAAUCUGUGACUGAAAGGGACACUAUUGCCUUGCAUUAUUUUCCAGAAUAUCAGUGGCUGGUGGAUUUCACUGUUGCAGCUACAGUUGUGUACGUGGUGACAGAGGCCUAUUACAGCAUUGUGAAGCCCUCACAAGAAAUGAAUAUCAGCAUAGUGUGGUGUCUGCUUGUCCUGGCUUUUGCAGUCAAGGUACUAUUUUCAUUGACUACCCAUUAUUUCAAAGUAGAGGAUGGAGGUGAAAGAUCAGUCUGUGUCACCUUUGGUUUCUUUUUCUUUGUGAAAGCAAUGGCAAUUCUUAUUGUGACAGAAAACUAUCUAGAGUUUGGACUGGAAUCAGGAUUCUCGAAUUUCUCCAAAAGUGCUAUGCAAUUUCUUGAAAAGCAGGGCCUGGAAUCCCAGGGCCCUGUGUCUAAACUAACCUUCAAAUUGUUCCUGGCUGUUCUGUGUUCACUUAUUGGUGCUUUUUUGACAUUCCCUGGCUUGCGACUGGCUCAAAUGCAUCUGGAUGCUCUGAAUUUAGCAACAGAAAAAAUAACACAAACAUUGCUACAUAUAAACUUCUUGGCACCUUUAUUUAUGGUUCUACUGUGGGUAAAACCAAUCACUAAGGACUACAUUAUGAACCCACCUUUGGGCAAAGAGAGCAUCCCUUUGAUGUCAGAAGAUACAUUUGACACUGUCAGGCUGUGGAUUGUAAUCCUGUUGUGUGCUUUACGGUUAGCUAUGAUACGCCAUCAUUUACAGGCCUAUCUGAAUUUAGCCCAGAAAAGUGUGGAUCAGAUGAAAAAGGAAGCUGGCAGAAUAAGUAUGGUUGAUUUGCAGAAAAUGGUGGCUCGGGUAUUCUAUUAUCUUUGUGUAAUUGCACUGCAGUAUGUUGCACCAUUGGUAAUGCUCCUUCACACAACUCUGCUCUUGAAAACACUAGGUAAUUAUUCUUGGGGCAUCUAUCCGGAAUUGAAUUCUGACACUCCAGUAGAAAACAGUCUGCUUCCCAGUUCAGUUUAUUCUGAGUCUCCACCUGCUGAUGGAAAGAUGAAAGUAACUGUAGUACAGAUAACAAUGGCAUUGGGAAGCCUAAAGAAUAUUUUCACUCCUCUCCUGUUCCGGGGACUCCUGUCUUUUCUCACCUGGUGGAUUGCUGCUUGCCUCUUUUCUACAAGCCUUUUUGGGCUUUUCUAUCACCAGUACCUGACUGUUGCCUGA